AUUGCACUCAGAUGUGAAUGUGAAUGUGAAUGUGAAUGUACAGAGGUGGCGGGGGUGAAGGAAUCUGUUCACAUUUUCAACAUCAAUACAGUCAAAUGUGACAUCUGGACCCUUUCAGAAUCAAAGUGUGUGUGAUAUUAUCCGGGAUAGUGCAGAGGUUUGCUGGGAACCCCAGGCAGAUAUUCCUCAAGUGACAAACCCCUUCAACCAGCCCAACCAGAAACCAGGUGCCAUGUCUCACAGAAGGUCUGACGGCUCCAUGAAUGACCAAUCUCUCCUGCUUCCGGAGAGCCGUUUCUGCUCCGUCCUUCAGCUGGACCAGCCGUCGGGACGUUCAGCUUCGAGCAUCGACCUGUCCAGAGUGGACUCGCCUGAGGAUGAGAAGAGAAUUGUGGUUCUCAGCACCCAGAGUGAAGCAGCUCGUAAGCGGGGUACUCAACAGCUCAUACCCAAGAACCUGGCAGUGACCAGCCGGCCGAAAAACCGAUAUCACACUACUGUGGUGACCCUGCCAGUCCCCCUGCAGCCCUCAGAUAUCUGCUGGGAGGACUAUGACAGUGAUGGAGUGGAUGGGUUUUCGCUGAGGAGGAACCGCAGGAAUAAAUCGUAUCGCGCUGCCGUCACCAGCCUAAAUAUUGACGCAUUGUCAAGUGAAGUUUCAGAAAAUCUGAUGCCAGUUAGUGAAGAGAAGGUGGUGAGCCCAAAACAAGCAAACAAAUCCAGACACAAGAGAACAUUGGGCAGAAUAAGGAACAGGAAGCAUGCAGGAUCAUUUAAAGAUGAGCCACAGUUCUACCAGGAGAUCAAGGAGCGAGGUCUGAACUCCAGUAACCUGAGCACAGAGGAGGACGAGUUUGCACCGACUGAAACCCCUGAGAUAGACCAGGGCAUUGUGGUGAAGAACUACAGGGCAGCGUACAUGACGUGGAGUCAACUUCCACAGGUGAAGGAAAUGGGCAUUUUGGACAUCAUCUCCCCUGAAGAACGCAAAAGACAAGAAGCCAUCUUUGAAAUCAUCACGUCAGAAUAUUCUUACCAGCACAGUCUGAGCAUCCUGGUGAGUCAUUUUAAAGACAGUGCGGCUUUGAGGAAGACCAUGAAUGCAACUGAACACCAUCACCUCUUCUCCAACAUAUCUGUCAUCCUGGACGUCAGCAAACGGUUUUUCGAGGAUCUUGAAAAGCGUCACCACAGACACCCUGUAAUCCUGGACAUCAGUGAUAUAGUGCAGACUUAUUCUACUCAACACUUUGAGCCGUACAUCAUCUACUGCUCCAAUGAGACCUUCCAGCAGAGAACACUACAGAAACUACUUGCGAGUAACACUGUGUUUCGUGAGACGUUGAAGCAGAUAGAAAGCAGUGAAGAGUGUGGUGGUCUGCCCAUGAUCUCCUUCCUCAUCUUACCCAUGCAGAGAGUUACUCGUCUGCCUCUUCUUAUGGAUACUGUCUGUCAGAAGACCCCAAAAGAGACAGCUGAAUACUUUGCUGCCUGGUGGGCUUUAAAAGCGAUCAGUAAGUUGGUGAAAAGCUGUAAUGAUGGAGCGCGGAGGAUGGAGAGAACAGAGCAGAUGUACACCAUCCAGAAACAGAUGGAGUUUGGCAAAAUCAAGCCUUUUCCACUAGUGUCGUCAUCUCGCUGGCUGAGGAAGAGUGGAGAGCUGGCCGUGUACACUGAGGAUCUCAGUAUCUUUCGGAAGGCUUUCAGCUACAAGAGCUACUACCUGUUCCUCUUCAAUGAUGUGCUCAUUGUCACCAAGAAAAAGAGUGAGGAGACUUAUGUGGUGUUGGACUACGCCACUGUGGAAAACGUGGAGGUGGAGGAGGAGAUGACUGACUCUAAACUCAAUCUGAAGCUGGUGAUGAAUCCCAACAGCGAUGGCCGCGCUGAACAGAUGAUGCUCGUUGCGGAAUGCAAGCUGGACAGAGCCCGUUGGGUUGCAGCUCUUCACGAUCUCAAACAAAACAACAGAAUCACCGAUGAUGACUUGCCUCAGUAUGAAGCUACUAAAGCUUACAUGCCAAAAGCACCAGAUGAGCUGAGCUUGCAGCAGGCAGAGGUGGUCAUUGUCCUACAGGAAGUGGAAGGUUGGUGUCAUGGAGAGCGAAUGAGAGACGGGGAGAGAGGCUGGUUUCCUGCAAACUGUGCCACUCAGAUCACCAACCGAACUGCCAUGGAGAACAACAUACAGCGUAUGGAGCGACUCCGCAAGGAGACUGAUGUUUGAUCGAACUCUCAAACUACACCACUGAAGGACAAAAGUUUACAGCCAGACACUCCAAAGGAUAUUUACUCAGUUGUGUUAUUCCAAACACAUUUGACUUUCAUUCUGUGAAACACAAAAUAUGCUAGCCUCAGUCAUCAUUUUUAUUGUAUGGAUCAUUCUGACUAACAUCUCUCCUCUUGAAGGGGAGUAAAUGACAGUUGUCUUUUAGGAU